CACUCUGGAUGGGUUUGCACUGGAUUCCCCUUGUCGUGUUGGGGUGGUUUAGAUUCCUAUCGAUCCUUUUAAACAUUCAAUUUAUCACCUCUACCUCCCCAAAUGAUGGACCAACUGAAGUCAACUGUCAUUUAAAUGCUCUUCUAGCACCAUCAGCGCCAUACCGCUCCUGGAUGCUGCGCUGGAGUACGCAUGCGCACCACAGUGGAAUUACUGCACAGCGCACUCUAAGUUGGAUUUUUUCUGUCUUCACGGAAACCAGAAAUCAUAAAAGUAUGGCGAUCUUUAGAAUAAGACAAAAGGGCUUUAUGCGCGUCUGGACGUUCCCCGUGAUAGUGGCCGUGGUGUGCGCGCAAAGUGUCAAUGAUCCAAGCAAUAUGUCUAUCGUAAAAGAAACUGUUGAUAGACUAUUGAAAGGAUAUGACAUUCGCUUGAGGCCAGAUUUUGGAGGUCCUCCGGUGGGAGUGGGGAUGAAUAUAGACAUAGCCAGCAUAGACAUGGUAUCAGAAGUGAAUAUGGACUACACAUUGACUAUGUAUUUCCAGCAAGCCUGGCGAGACAAACGUCUGUCCUAUUCUGAGAUUCCUCUUAACCUGACUCUGGAUAACAGGGUAGCUGAUCAGCUGUGGGUGCCGGACACAUACUUCCUGAAUGACAAGAAGUCUUUUGUACAUGGUGUAACAGUGAAGAACAGAAUGAUCCGUCUCCAUCCAGACGGCACUGUGCUUUAUGGGCUCAGGAUUACUACCACAGCCGCCUGCAUGAUGGACUUGCGCAGAUACCCACUAGAUGAGCAGAACUGCACACUGGAAAUCGAGAGCUAUGGCUACACCACAGAUGAUAUUGAGUUUUACUGGCGAGGUGGCGACCAUGCAGUAACGGGGGUUGAAAGGAUAGAGCUUCCUCAGUUCUCUAUAGUGGACUACAAACUCAUCUCUAAAAAUGUGGUGUUUUCUACAGGUUCAUAUCCUCGCCUCUCCCUGAGCUUCAAGCUCAAGAGAAACAUUGGCUACUUCAUUCUGCAGACCUACAUGCCUUCAAUCCUAAUCACCAUCCUAUCUUGGGUAUCCUUCUGGAUCAACUAUGAUGCCUCGGCUGCCAGGGUUGCUUUAGGCAUCACCACUGUGCUGACCAUGACCACCAUCAACACACAUUUGCGGGAGACUCUUCCAAAGAUUCCAUAUGUCAAAGCCAUUGACAUGUACCUGAUGGGCUGUUUCGUCUUCGUCUUCCUGGCUCUGCUGGAGUAUGCGCUGGUCAACUAUAUCUUCUUCGGCAGGGGACCGCAGCGGCAGAAGAGAGCUGCAGAGAAAGCCUCCACAGCCAACAAUGAAAAAAUGAGAAUGGAUCCCAACAAAUGGAUGGUGGGAAAUGUAGUUCAGAGAGACGAUGCUCUGUAUGCCAGAAUGAAACAGAGGGAUAUUGACGCACAUGACUCCAUGUGGGAACCAAUCUUUGUGGACGAUGCAGCAUUAGGACUAGGCGAUUCAAAAAAUAAGAUGGACCCACAUGAAAACAUCCUUCUCAGUCCUCUGGAGAUCAAGAAUGAAAUGGGCACAUCAGAGUUAACCCUGGGUUUGGGCGACCCCCGUACAACCAUGCUGGCCUUUGACAGCACCACGCUGCAGUAUCGGAAAGCCGGCCUGGCCAGGCACAACUUUGGACGCAAUGCCCUGGAACGGCACGUUACGCAGAAGAAGAGCCGGCUACGACGGCGCACUUCACAGCUUAAAAUCAAUAUCCCUGACUUAACUGAUGUCAAUUCAAUCGACAAAUGGUCGAGAAUGAUCUUCCCCACCGUAUUUUCUUUCUUCAAUGUCAUCUAUUGGCUUUAUUAUGUCAACUAACUGGAUUGCGGGGCCGUCCGAGAUGCGCCGCUUAUUUUUAUGUCAGUAUAUUCUUCCGUUUUCCUGCGUCUGAUUUUGCAAUACAAGCAGGACUUAUGUUGACAGAUUAAAAUCAGGACUAUCUCUCUUUAACCUUGGGUUCACCUUAAUUGCUGGCUGACACCGAUACUCAAAAGAGGUUAAGAACAAAUGGUGCCUAUUCCAAAAAUCAGUAGUUUUUAGUGCGUUUGAGUGUGUUGUUCAAUAUUUGGUUUGAUUCAAUUAAGAUUUCUAUUAAGACAAGGUGUAUCUGUUUUGUUGCCAAAUUAUCAAAUCAGUUACUGCUGCAAAUUAGUUAUCUUUUUACCAACAGAAAAAUCAAAGACUGAAAGAUUGGAUAUCCACAGCAUUUCACUGUCAGUUCUUUCCUCCUUUAGCAAUUGUUAAGGAAGCAGCACUCAGUAAUUUAAUAUUUCUAUACCUUUAUUUGUAAUGUUUCUUUUUUUCACAGCCUUUUGAGUAAGGAGAUAAUAUGAAUAGUUUUAUCAUGAGGUUGUAUUUUCUACUUUACACACAGAUGAUAGUUUAUUUAUUCAAGAGAAUUUAUUAUACACUUUUACUUAACCUCAUUUAUUUUGAUGAAACAUGUCACUCAAAUCCUGUACUCUAAAUUUUAUUGACACUUUGGUAAGCUUUAUAUUUCCAAAAUGCUUAUAUUAUGUUUAAUUUUGAUGUUCAGCAUGCUAUGGAAGUUGAAGGCAUUACUACUACUAACACAAACAACUCAACUCGGCUGCUAACUCUAAUAAUUUUUAUAGAUCCCAUCAAUCUUGCGUAAUGCUAGUCUAUCCAUUAGCAUUCCCAUUCAUCUCAAUAGCAGUUGCUCUACUGAUGCUUGAAAGUAUGUGACCUGAAUGCUGCCAUCAUUGUUCAUGAUAGUGAAAAUGCAAUAUGACUCAUUGUUAUUCAGCAGGAAAUGACAAUGCUUAUUGGCUGAUAGCAUCAGAGGAACUAACCUAAACCCAAACCCUUCAGCAGCGAUGAUUCUGAGCUGUGAUGUGAAUGCAGCAGACAAGGAAAAAUAUAAACCUUUUUUUCCAUUCGUAAGAGCGCCACAAAAAACCAUGCCACUGGCAAAAAAAAAAAAAAAAAAAAGAAA